AUGUCACACACCGCCCUGAUACCAAACGACUACAUGGCCAAAUGGCAGAUCGGCAAGAUUCGCGAGACAAAGGCCGUCCGCCGGCCCACGACUGCUUGCCAAGCCUGCCGAGCGUCCAAAGUUAGAUGCGAGGGGAAGCAGCGUUGCCGCCGCUGUAUACUGCGGGGUAUUGUUUGUAUUUACACCAAGCCCAAACCCAAAUCCAAAAGCACAGACUUUGAAACAAAUGCCGCCGUUCCAGCAAGCACUCAGCAUGUCCAUGUGCCCGCAGUCAUGGAGGACCAAUGCGUGACAUGGCCACCGCCGCCGGCCUUGACAACUGAGAAGACGAUACAGAGAGCAACAGAUUCUAGCAGCAGCGAUGAUGGUCUCUCUUUGAGCCAGAAUUUCUCUGAAUUUCCCGGCCAGACGCCCUUUGUCGAUGCUUGUGACCUCGACAGCAUGGUCUCACAAAUCGAUGGGGCGCUGAUGGCUAUGGAAGCAAGCACCGCCUACAAUACACAAUUGUCCGGGUUUGACGUGCGACUCGAUCCUUGCGGCUCUUUUGUCAUGACGCAAUCCGCUGCUAUAUCGGAAUGCGGCAACGGGGCAAUCUUGCCGGUUUACAAAGGCCCCGCCACCGGAAGUAGACGCCUUUCCGAUCCCUCCUCAAACAACCUCGACGGCGGAGUCUUCAUUUAG